AGGUCGAGGAGGGCGAAGCUUCCUCAACUCGUUCACGCUCUUUCAGCCGAGACAGUGGAUCCCGUAACUCACCCUGGUGUUACUUUUACGCUACUAUAAACUAAUAUUUCGCAGCAUACAACCCUCCGAUGUCAGUCAAUGUCGAGCCGUUCGUCCCCGCAGGCAGGAUAGCCGGAGCUAGUCCAAGACCGAUCGGUCAAGACCUAUCUGCGAAAUCCGUGUUUUCCCCACCUACAACAGAUGCACAAGUGAUAUCCAACGGCGGAAAGUCUCCAGCACAGCUUCGAGUACAAGCGCAGGGUGCCCUUCUUAGUUUAGCUCCUCACAGUAUUCGAUACAGUGAGCUUGUUGGCGAAGGUAUCAAUCCAGUGAUACUCAGGCAACUUUAUGAAGAAGUGGGGAUCAAGGUUCCCACGCCGCAACCGGAUAAUGUAUCAACUCAAGCACCCUCACUAGUUUCAACCCCGCGCGAUCAUUCUGUCACAGAUCUCACGGCCUCGGUCGAAACCCCUGGAUCAGGUGACAUUCCUGCAACUGAAGCCGUAAGGGCGGAAAAUGUCACGCAAUCGACUGGGCUGGCAGGAAACGCGUCAACGUCCGCCCCUUCAUCUCAACCGUGUGCGGCGAAACCCAUGGAACGUAAAGAGGUCAUUGCGCGUAUGCUAGCUGCGAAGGCUGCUAAAUCUACGGGAGUCCCAACAUCACCUCCAGGGGACGUGACAAAGGAAGCACCGACAUCGGACAGCUCAGCUACAGAUGUUGAAAAGACUCGUAGCACCGGUGUUUCCACAGAAGCACCCGCAGCAGAAAAGGAGGUUCGUGUCAGGGAAAAGAAUAAGGCACAAACAGAGUUGGCUAGACAACGAAUCGAGCAACUCAAGAAGCAAGGUCUCAUGAGAUUACAGCAAAAGUCAACCUCAGGCGAUGCAUCUCCAAGUAAUGACCUGUCAAACACGAAAACGACUCACGAUCUUACACCAACCUUGAAUUCAUCGUCAAUACAACAUCCCCUGCCUGAGCGUCCCCCUGAUCCUGAGACAGGUUCUUUUGCACGUAUCCCUGGAUUGUUCAUGACCGAUGUAGCUCAGGAGGCACAUGACGACCCAUCUACGACGUCUACCCCAGCGCUUAUGAUUGAUUCCACCCCGCAGCCUCGCUUUAAUCAACGCAAGCGCCCGCGAGCAUCUGAUUUUGACGAACCUGUUCCUUUGCCUAGGAAGACAUCUAACAACGGAGUGAACAAUAGUGUCUCAGGCGAUAGGCUUAUCAUUGACAUCAGCGAUGACGAUCUAUAUGGGGAUGACGAAGAUGAUGCUAUGGAUAUUGAGACCUUCCAAGAAAAUGAUGUCCCUUCAGUUCCGGAAGGUCCAGCAGGGAACUACCUUGCUGCGGAGUCCCUUCCGCCGAGACCUGUGACAUCGUCAAGUCAAGGGGCUUCUUUGUCUGCGACCCCGCAAUUUCCACGGAAUAAUGAUCCAGAAGACCUCCGUAGGAAAGACCUUGAAAUACAAGCAAUGCACAGGCGGAUUGCAGAGCUGGAAGAACGCAAGAAGGCAAAAUUAGCUGCCAGUCGUACUCAGUCUCCUCGUGCGGCGGAUUCAGAGGCAUCGCCUCCUGAAACAUCUCCACCAACUGAUACUGAAGCUUGUGAUACGCCCAUACAGGCUGCACCAGCUUCCGCUGAGCACAAUCUUUCACAAGUGAACGCCAUGGACACUUUGCAAGAAACUACAUCAUCCGCCCCUAAUCAUCAUCCGACUUCAAACGGUCUUUCAUGUCGUUUGGUCUCCAUGGAUGCUGAACAAUUGAAAGACAUGAAGUCGAAAGUCUUACGGAAAAGAGAGAUCGAAGCCGGAGUUCCUGCUUUGGACGCAGAAAUUAAAAGAUCUGAGACAAGGCUAGAGGAAUUCAAUUUUGAACAGGAGAAGCUUUUGCUAGAUAUCAGUAGGGGAAAAGAGGGCCGACAGCAACUCUUAGAGGAAUUGGGCAAUCUUAACACAGAGCUCGAUGGAUUGUCACUGGAAGAGGUGGAAUCAGCACUAGACAGGCUGAGAACCAUGCAGGAAUCAGCAAAUGAAGCCCAAGAUCUGCAACUAAUUGCUCCAGAUGAGAAAGAUAUCGAAAUAUCAAGUGGCUCUGAGGCUGAGUCCCAGCUUCAAGAACAAAAGGGUUCUAUUCAAGAGCCAUCCGUCAAUACUCCAAUCGAUGCAGGCAGCCCGUCGCGUCCGUCUGGCAUUACUGCGGCCCAACAUGACGUAUCUGAAGCUAGUAGGGAAUCAACCCCGAUUUCUUCCUCCGAUUCCACAGGGUCAGCUAUGGAUGAAUCCAGUGAUAGUGAUAGCGACGACAGUGAUGACGAUAGUGACGACUCUGCAUCCGCUGGGCAAGGGGAGUCCAACGCCCAGUCUCCUGUGCCAGACGUCCAUAUGUCUUGGGUCUCGGACGGUGUAAAAGAUACUAACCAAGUGGAACCAAGUCCGUUGGGCGAAGAGCAUCAUGGUCACCUACCGGACCAAUCUCAAGCCACGAACGUGACAGACCAGUCUGACAUGUCUUCGAGCUCUAGUGAACAAGAUGUUGAAAUGACUGAAGAUCAGGCUUCUGAUAAAUCUACGGUUUCAGAAGCCUAUGAGCCCCCGGAACCGGAAGGAAAUGCAAGCCCAGCUGACUCGGUCUAUUCACCCCCUUUUAGUCCAGCUUCUCCUGGCCCCGUUGAGCCCACCGUUCUUAGUUCUCCAGUGCAAAACCCCCAGAACACCGGUGAACCACCGGUUGGUACUAUCCAAGAAUCGGCCGUCUCACUAUUUGAAAACAAUCAGAAUGCUCGACAGCCGGGAGAUUCAGACCAGAAGUUCUCGCCUUACGUUAGUCCAUUGAAAUCUUUCAAGGCUUUCCGCUACCAUCCAAAAUACACUGAUGAGGUUACGGGUGGCUAUCGUUCCCUAACCUACAGCCAUAAUAUUGAUCCUAUGGUUUACCUUUGUCCUUUCGAAGGGGCAGGUGGCGUCUGCAACGACCGGUCUUGUGAAUUCCAACAUUUUCGUGAUAUGACUCUUAGCGGUGCGUCGACAGACUUGAGCAAACUACACGCAACACCUCCCCAUGUGCCAUGACUUAUAGUUAUUUAUCGUGCCUCGCGCAUCCUUUUUUUUUUUUCCUUUUGUUGUUUGAACUUCGGCUUUCCUUUCAGCACUUUCCUCCCAGCCUUCCACACCAUCCAUCCAUUCUAUACCCUCAUUCUUGCCAGCUGUGGUCGCUUUUGCAUUGUGCGGAUGCUGACACACAGGGUUAUUAACAUCGACAGAUGACAAAAUCCUUGUCCAGAUGGGAUCUCUUCGAGAGGGCAAAACACCAGAAGAAAAAGACAACUACAUUGCUGG